AUGAGUUUCAACUGGAAAAUUAUACUUCAGUCAUCAGCUUCUAUAGUUUCAGCGCUUAUAAUUCUACGUGAACUCCAUCGCCAGCUCUCGCAAUCGAACAAUUCUUCAACAAAACUUACAUCUCUCCCUCCUCGCUCAAGAGGAGUAGAGUCCCUCAUAGGAAACACUCCGCUCAUAGAAAUCAAGUCUCUUUCUAAACUAACCGGCUGCAAAAUCUACGCGAAGCUCGAACUCGCUAAUCCUGCUGGCUCCGCCAAAGAUCGUGUCGCUUUGGCUAUCAUCCGGGCCAACGAAAAACUCGGACACCUUCGCCCACACUCCGGGGACGUUAUCUUUGAAGGUACUUCUGGUUCCACUGGCAUCUCCUUCGCUGUACUCGCCAACGCUCUCGGAUAUGAUGCUCACAUAUGCCUCCCAGAUGACACUUCUCCUGAAAAAUUGCAACUCCUCAAGUCACUCGGCGCUACCAUUCAUCCAGUCAAACCGGCUUCCAUUGUAGACCCACAGCAGUAUACCAAUGCAGCACGGUGUGGCUCACAGCAGAUCAACGAAGACCCUAACGACAGGCGCAGGGCCAUCUUUGCGGACCAGUUUGAGAACGAUUUUAACUGGAGAAUACAUUACGAGACAACGGGCCCAGAGAUCUGGCGCCAGAUGGAACAAGACGUAGAUGUGUUUAUCAAUGGCUCCGGAACUGGAGGUACUAUAGCUGGAGUAUCUAAAUACUUACACGAGCAGAAUAGAGAGAUAAAGAUCAUACUAGCAGAUCCCCAGGGCUCGGGAUUGGCCAACAGAGUCAACUACGGAGUUAUGUACGAUACUGUAGAGAAAGAAGGAACUAGACGUCGACACCAGGUAGACACGUUAGUGGAAGGUAUUGGUCUUAACAGACUUACAUGGAACUUCAAACAGGCCGAAGCCCAUAUUACAGAGGCUAUAAGGGUGUCAGACAAUCAGGCACUUCGUAUGGCAAAGUUCUUGUGUAUCAACGAUGGGCUAUUCUGGGGUUCGUCUGCUGCUAUAAACUGUGUUGCAGCCGUGAAGACAGCAUUGAAGAAUGGACCAGGUCAAAAAAUUGUAGUGAUCGCAUGUGAUCUGGGGGCUAGACAUUUGCUGAAGUUCUGGAAACUGGCGGCUGAGGUGCCUAAUGAUAUUACCUUGGAUGAAGUUUUACAAUAG